CGGUUUUUCUCGAGAGUCGAGAGACUUCCGUUUCCGGUCGAAAUCGCCUCGGCGUUAUGUGCCGAUGCAGCGGCCCGGAGUCCGCAAGUGUUUUACGGAAAUUGAGGGAGAAAUCCGCACUGCAUAUCCGGUCGCGAAAUGCCCGGAACAUCCGAACGCAGAAUUUUGGUACCAGAUGUUAUGCACGAAACGUUUCACUCGAACGACUCCCCGCAUCGUAGGAACUCCAACCGCGAACGGAUGACCCGGCGACUCUCCCUUCGGGUGGGACCAAGAGGGACGUUCGAGCUGCUUGUCCGUGAAUAGCAAAUGAAGAGAUUGUCCGAGAGGCAACACAAUGCCGGUCCCCGGUACAAGGAGAUUAUGCAGAGUCGGCCUCGCCGCGGUUCUAGUCACCGCUAUCUACGCCCUCGCCUUCGUCGACCUGCCCCCCCAGCUCCAAGAGCCCUUACCCGAGCCGCCAUCCACCCUUGGCGGAGAGCCUCCGGGCACCCAAAGCGUCGUGGCCUAUUCCUGGGCCCGCAGACUGGCCCUCGAUUACCGGCCCUCGACCGACUGUCCCACCGGACCCGGCCUCUCGCUCCGGGGCCUUCCAUCGCCCUCGGCGUCGCCCAAUUGGGUCGAGGCUCUCGAUGGUCGGCUCUUCCUCUUGAGUGCUCACCUCGACCAGCGCGUCACUGCCUACCCCAAUCUCAGGGUCAUUGCUGUCAGGAGCAGGCCCCUGGAGAACUUGGUCUACUGCACGGUCUGGUUAGACGAGGGUGGCCAGUUGCGUUCGGUGUCAAUGGAGGCCCUGGUCUCUGACAUUUGGUUGGACCAGUGGGGCGGAGUAUCAGAAACAUACACGGGAGUGCUAAUCACGUGUCCAUUGCCCCGGAAUUCAUCUCCACGUCCGAUUCGAGUGACGGUGGUAGGAUCAUCGUGCGCUGGGGAAGUUAGUCAGAGCGUGGCGGUGCGUUUGAGAGAAGAACGGGAAGAGGACCGUGGUCGGCGGUUCACGGUGUGCGUGAAGGGCCUGGACUUCGACGAGGACAUUUCGGCGGAGCUGGUGUCGUUUGUGGAGCUGAACCGAAUCCUGGGGGCGGAAAGGAUCUACUUCUACGUUUUUCACGUCCAUGAGAAUGUUUUGCGGGCUCUACGGGUCUUCGAGCGAUCGAACGUCGUCCGGUGGGCGAACCUCACGCUGCCUGGAAGUCUACCAAACGAGGUUGAGCACCGUCGAAGGCUUCUGGAGAGUGACGUGUGGCUCAAACGGCGGUUGGAACUGGUCCCCUACAACCACUGCUUCUACGACAGUCUCCAGGAGGCCGAUUUCGUCGUGCCCCUCGACCUGGACGAGGCCAUCGUACCCGUCCACACCGACAGUUGGGCCCGGCUGAUCGAGGACGAGGAGAAACGGCUGGGCGCUACCUUCCGCGACUUCGCUUCAUACGCCGUCCGCAACGCUUAUUUCUUUACGGAGCUCCAGCCUGCCACACCACGCAGUGGCGCCCCCUACCUGAAUACGCGACGCGCAUGCGCCGUCUCACCAGAGGGCGACGCCGUCAAGAGCUUCGUUUCGACGCGGCGCGCACUUACCGUCCACAAUCACUACGCCCUGGACACUUUACGACCUGCCACGAAGCGGGCCCAUCAUUUCUCACCCCAGGAUGUUCUCAAGCAUCAUCACAGGCUGUGCGACGACAGACACUUGGACUGUGAUUCGCUGAUGCGUGACGUUACCACGGAUUAUUCAGCAACGAGGUUCGCGAGCGAACUUGUUAACAGGACCGAAACUGUACUCGGUUACCUUAACAUGCUUUGAUUCCUUCGGGACACCUUCGUUGUGGUGUAAUCAUUGUUCGAUACGUUGAUUGACAGUUCUUCUUUCUUUUUUUU